AUCAAGGGAAGCGACGAAAUGCGUUGAAAACACAAUUCUUUUCGUCCUCAAACCAUUUUAUCGAUGGCGGAAAAGCAGCAAGAGAGCCUAAUUCGCCAUGAAAUCGUUUUAAUAAACGGUGUUCAUACAAAAAUCUCUUGUGCAAUUCCAGAAGUUGAUAACGACCGAUWCUGUGUUGUWGUAAUCCCGGGUAAUCCCGGCAGCAUUGAAUUUUAUGACAUUUUCAUCGAUACUCUCUUUAAAGAAUGUGGAAAGAAGAUUCCUAUAUACGGCGUUGGCCACGCAGGUCAUUGUCAAUUAGAUGAGUCUGGAAUGUUCAGUUGUGGUCGACCAAGAACUGUCGAACACGAGCAACAUCACGCAGUAAUGCACUUAGAGGACCAAAUCUCUCACAAACUCUCAUUUAUUGCCUAUCAUUUACCACAAGACUGCAAAGUAAUCCUCGUUGGRCACUCAGCUGGCGCAUACAUAGCCCUGCAGAUGAUGAARCGYUAUCACRAUAAGGAYAAAUUCAUUAAAGGAGUUCUACUUUUUCCCGCCAUUGAGCACGUKAUGGAGUCGCCCAGYGGUCGACUUUGGUGGGUCGCGUGUUUUUACUUYCAAUGGCCRUUCUUGCUYAUGACUUUCUUUUUUUCCUUGAUGCCGUCUUUCUUUAAGAAGUGGUCCAUUGGAUGGUGGAUGCACUUAAACAAACACAGCUCAAAGGAUAAUGUGGCGAAGCGAUUUCCCGAAGCUGACGUCAUGAUCUGUGACGACGACAUUCAGCACGCGUUUGUAUUAGAUGCAUCAAAGACAGAAAAACUGGCGCGAAAAGUUUGGGGAUGGAUUGAGAAAGAAUUCACAAUGGUGUAA